AUGGAAUCGUUAUUGGCGAAAACCUUGGUAGGGCAACCAUCCUACCAUAGUCAACGUAAACCAGGCAGGUCCGGAUCUAUCCCAUUUCCUCUGCCCAGGAACAGGACCACCAUAAGCAAAGAGCAAGCCCAAGCGUUACAGGCAGCUUUUGACAAAAAUCCGUACUACACCAAGGGUGAUUUGGAGCAGACUACUAGAUUGCCUGAAAGGGUGAUCAAGAUCUGGUUCCAGAAUAGAAGACGUUCAGUAUUUACUUGUGAAAAAUGCAAUAAAUCCUACACUAAGAAGAAAUCCUUGUAUUACCAUCUAAGACGAUACUGUGGAAAAGCUCCAACCUACUUUUGCCCUGAGGAUGGACGUAGAAAGGAAUCCGCAGUACGUGUAUCAUCGAACAAUAAAAAUAAGAAAAAGACCGCAGGAAGAAACAGCAAAAAUAUUACAGCAGAUAAUAAAAAGUCAUCUGCUAAAAAACCUAAGGAUGAAGGUAAUGAUAGAAAUCUUGAUAUACGUCCUAAGAAGAAGAAAAUAACUUACAAAAAAUCCUUCUACGUGAGAAAUGGCAUACAGUUGAAAAUAACCAGAUGCAUCAAAUGUGGUAGUUUCCUCACGAAAGAUCGAUCUGAAUGCAAGCGUUGUGAAUUGAAUGUAGCCAUGAGAAUUCUUGCCAAACAAGGCUUUUCCGUUAUAAAAAAACAAAAAUCGAACGUCCAGAAAAAUGCUGAUACUUCAAUUGAAAAGGAGAAACAAAAGUGCAAAGCUCCGAAAAAAUCCGAAAUGCCAUCAAGAAAACCAGCAGGAAAUGCUGCUGUUGAAAAACGCAAACUAGUCACCACAAGGGGUCUGGAGACUUCAGGUGCUUCAUCUCAAUCGAUUGCAUCAUUGAAGAAGUCUGGAUCCAAAACCAAGCCUUUGCCUGCAUCAUUGAAGAAGUCUGGAUCCAAAACCAAGCCUUUGCCUGCAUCAUUGAAGAAGUUUGGAUCCAAAACCAAGCCAUUGACUGCAUCAUCAAAGAAGUCUGGAUCCAGAACCAAGAAAGUGGCUGUGUCAAGAAAAACUGCAACUAAACGAGGAAAAGUUGUGAGAGGAAAACGAGUAUCCAUCAAGCGAAGCAAACCACCCACUCCACUGAAACAUGUGAAUCUUCUUGACAUUGGCGAUAUCAUGAACGAAAUUGUACCAGAGAAAGUUUGUGAUGAAAAUAGACUUGAAUAUCAAGAGAAAGUGGAGGAGAGUACUGAAGUAGUUCUCCAUUAUGAAGAGGAUGUUCAGCAUGUUUCAUUCAAUGACCUUAUCAAUAUAAUUGACGACUAGACCCCGAAAUGUCCUGGAAAAUGAGUAUUUGAUGUUUAUUUUUUCAUUUGCAGUUUUUUUCAUAUGAUUAUUAAAUUUUUGGGAUCACUA